AUGAAGUUCACCAUUGCCGCCGCUAUUGCCCUCCAGGCUGCCAGUACACUUUCCACUCCAGCUUUAAACUUCCAGGCCGAACUUAAUUUCACUGGUGUUGAUGCUGCAGACUCAUAUGUAGUGUUUGCUCAGACCAAUGCACCAAAUACCUUCUUCAUCGACCAUCCAAAUGUCAGCGUUUCAAAGAUCAGCUUGUUGGGCGAAGUCAUCUGCACCGUUUUCGGCUCAGAGGGCAGCAGUACUACGCUGGCUGGAGACUCCACAGCUGAUGUUGGGCCACCACAACCACAAACAGAUGCCGGCGUCCAAAUUCACAACGACACAGAUCCUAUCAAUUCGACAACUACAAAUGUUGAUCAAGGACCAAUAGAUUGGUCAGCUGGAAACAGCACUUCCAAUGUAUCCUCAGCUCUAACGUUCGAUCCGACAAAACUAUAUUGCGACUCGAAAGACCUCCAACCAGCACAGCCAGCCUACUUCGGCGAGCCCGAACUCUGGCAAUGCUACAUCCCCGUCACCCUCCCCUCGCGCAGCGCCUUCUCGCCCACCAACACGCUCGUGAUCCAAAUGAAAUUCCAGAACAAACGCCCUGUAGUCCCCGCGACCGUCAACCUGGGCGAACUCAUGCUCGCCGUAAUAAACGGCACGACCACGCUCUCCGAGCGCAUCGCCAACGAAUCCAACAUCUACAUGCCCCUCUCCUCCAACUCCUCCGCUCCCCUCAUCACCCCCUUCGCCUACGGCAACACCGCCAUCUAUCUGGAGACCUCGCCCUGUUACGGCCAUAUCGCUCUCGGCCCCUUCUUGGAGAGUAGUAUGGAGGUGCCCCGGUAUAGUGAUGUCGCGCUGUGGUUGCAGGCCGUCGUGCAGCUGAUUGUUGGGAAGGCGAGCGUGCAGCUCGAUGUGGGCAGUGGCCAGAUUUUCUGGUAUGCGGGCCGCUGGGAGCCGUAUCCGAUUGAUUAUAGGCUGAGGAGGCAUUUGGGGCUUUUUAAUGUGCAGACUGUUAGUACGGGGUUUAGCCCGCUUAGUAGGGUUUUUGGGUAUCAGUAUAAGUGUGACCUUGGAGGGGGAGGGGGAGAGGGGGAUGGGACGGUGCAGACGUCGUAG